CAAAACCAACUCUAUGCAAGAAAAAGUAACUAGAAAGUUGAACUACGAUAAUGGAUGUCGCAUAUUCCUAUUUCGGUGACGACGACGGCAAUCCCCCAAAUAGUCCCGAGAAAUUCACUUUUAUUGAACUGCAGGAACAUGAAACCGAAUCUCCAAUGAGUUCCAAUGAAACAAAGACGGGGAAAGUCCUACACUCAGGAAGUGUAAAGAAAGUGACGGUCACCAUGGGGAUGGACGGAACAUUGGAGAUAGACAAGGAGUCGGGUAAGCCGGUCCGUAAAGGCAUGUACUGCAGCCACGCUCAGAUGCUGUUCGUGUUCAUCACAGCAUGUAUCAUCAUCACGGGCGUGGGGCUGUUGGCUUUCUACGUCCCCGAUCGCUGCCAGGACAUCGGGGCCACGGAGGCGCCGGUGGCCGGAGAGAGUACGGGGGGUGAACCACGGGAACUUGAGGUGCAUCAACAAGCCGGGUACGACUACGGGGGUGUUGACCCCAAAUGGGCCACCAGGGCUGCGGACUGGGCGGGGAGGCUGUCCACGGACGUGCUCCCCAAGCGUUACAGCGUCAUCCUGCAGCCUUUUCUGACGCCGGACGACGCCACGGACUCUCACCUCCAAAGACAUUUCACUUUCGAUGGGGACGUCUCAAUCAAGGUGGAGUGUAACAGACCCACCCAGACCAUCACCCUGCACACUAAAAACCUCACGUUGCAUCGAAACCCCAUCGUCAAGUCUCGGAGUGCCGGUGCGGCCGCGGAGGACCUCUUCCAGAGCUACAAGUUCGUGGGUGAGUUCGACUUUCUCGUCAUCACUCUAAGAGAGGAACUUCAAGUAGCCCAAGACUAUGAGAUCUCCAUCGCUUACUCCGGAGAACUCAAUGAGAACCUGUACGGAUUUUACAGAAGUAGUUACACCGCAGCUAAUGGAGAAAAAAGAUGGAUUGCAACUACCCAGAUGCAACCGACAGAUGCCCGAAGAGCCCUGCCAUGUUUCGAUGAGCCCGCCUUCAAGUCCGUCUUCGAUGUUGAGAUCAUCCACCGGGCCAACACCAGCGCCCUGUCCAACGGUAUCGAGAGUGUGGACAAGGAACCGAUUGGAGACAACGGCCGGUGGGUGGUCACCAAGUUCAAGCGCGUACGGGAGAUGUCUACCUACCUGCUGGCAUUCGUAGUCAGCGACUUCAAGUACGAGCAGGCCACUACUACGAAUGGAGUGCUGUUCAGAGUGUGGUCACGCCCUGAAGCCGUCGAGAACACCAAGUACGCCUUGCAAGCUGGAGUCGAUAUUCUCAACUAUUUCGAGGAGUAUUUCGACUUUGACUACCCUCUGGAAAAGCAAGAUAUGAUGGCUAUUCCUGAUUUCGCUGCCGGAGCUAUGGAGAACUGGGGACUGAUCUUGUACCGUGAGACAGCGCUGCUCUUCGACCCUCUGCUGAACUCUGCGAGUAACCAACAACGAGUUGCGGUAGUGGUAUCUCAUGAAUUAGCUCACCAGUGGUUUGGAAAUCUAGUCACACCGGAAUGGUGGGACGACCUUUGGCUGAAUGAAGGCUUCGCUUCCUACGUACAAUACCUUGGAGUAGACAACAUUGAACCUAGCUGGCAAAUGAAAUUACAAUUCCUUGUGGAGGAGCUCCAGCCCGUCUUCACAGAGGACGCACUCGGUACGUCACAUCCCGUGCGGGUACCAGUGGGAGCCCCGUCAGAAAUCAACGAAAUAUUCGACUCCAUCUCGUAUGAAAAGGGAGCUUCCAUCAUCCGCAUGUUGGACAACAUCCUGACGGAAGAUGUAUUCAAGGAGGGUCUUAACUACUACCUUACAGAAAGAGCGUACGGCAACGCAAACUCAGACGAUCUGUGGACUGUACUCACUUACGCUGACGAAGACAAGGGAAAGAAUGACGUGAAGAAGAUCAUGGAUACCUGGACGCUCCAGAUGGGGUACCCGUACGUGUCGUUCACCAGGGACAGCAAGACGCUGACUGCCGUGCAGAAACAUUUCUUGAAUAACCCGAACAGCACGGUGGAAGACUCAAACUUCGGGAACCAAGGGUACCUCUGGUAUAUCUACCUGCUGUACACGCACAAGUCUGACCAGAACUACGACAACCCCAUGACAGAAUGGAUGAACAAGGAGCCAAAGGUCGAGAUCUCACUUGGGGAUGAUUAUAUGGAGAGCGAUUGGUACCUUGUCAACGUGAACCAGUAUGGGUAUUACAGAGUGAACUACGACACACAAAAUUGGGAGCGACUCAGCAAACAACUGGAGGAGGACCACGAAUUGAUACCGAUCCAGAAUAGAGCUGCCCUCAUCGACGACGCGUUUAACCUGGCCAGGGCGGGAGUUAUCGAGCAGACGACUGCGUUGAAUCUAACUAAAUACCUGACCAAGGAACGUGAGUACUUACCAUGGGAAGCCACGCUGGUUGUCAUCUCAUACAUCCGGGACAUGUUCAGCAGAUACUCUGGUUACGGCCCCCUGGAGAAAUACAUGUUGAAACAAAUCGAGCCGUUGUACACAGAACUUGGAUGGAAGGAUAACAUCACAGACCCAACCAACACUCACCUGACUCAGUAUAACCGGAUCAACGCCCUGGCCACAGCGUGUCAGUACGGUAUGGAGGACUGCGUACGGCAGGCCUCUGAUCUCUACGGUCAAUACAUGGAGGAUACCUCAGUCAACCCAAUUACACCAAACUUGAAGUCAGUAGUAUACUGUCAAGGCAUCCGAUACGGAGGGCAGGACGAGUGGGAGUUCGGAUGGGAACGGUUCUCCAACACGUCAGACUCGUCCGAGAGAUCCAAAUGGCUGAGCGCACUCGCAUGCAGCACGGAACCCUGGAUAUUGAGCAGAUUCCUGGAAUAUUCCUUGGAUAUAGAAAAGAUCACAAAGGGAGACGCCAUCAAUGUCAUCCGAUACGUUGCCUUCAACUACGUAGGAAGGGCGCUAGCCUGGGACUUCGUCCGAGCCAACUGGGACACGCUCUUUAAUGACUACGGUGGCGGGUCGUUCUCGUUCAGUAACCUGAUCGAGACGAUCACCUCACAGUUCAACACGGAUUUCGACAUGAAGCAGCUGAUGGCUUUUGGAGAUGGGAGAGACUUCGGCUCAGCGACCCGUGCCUACCAACAAUCCGUCGAGAAGUGCCAAGCCAACAUCGACUGGAUGACCCUCAAUGCAGACAGUAUGGAAAAAUGGCUUGAGGCGAACAUGGACUAACCCUUAUAAAACAUUACAGUCCUACCCCACCCCCAUACCUCCCCCGAAUCAGGUCAUAAUUGUGAUUUUAUAUGAAGCCAAUAUUAUAUGAACUUUACACCAAAGCAAAACAUUUGCAAACCCUUCAAUAUUACAGAUCACACAAGCUGGUAUACGCCUUCAACCGUGGACCUACUAUUGUCCCUCUUUUGUUUAUACUUUUUUGGUAACAGCUCCCAUUGGUGUUGUACACGUUUUCCAAUAUUGUGGUCCUUUCCCGAACCGUUGACCCUAUUGUCCUCUUAUGUUAUAGAUCCUCGGUUUGAAUUCGUAUACUAUACUGACCCACACCCAAAGCAGGUAUUAAUAUUGUGAUUUUCUAUGAGCCUUUAAUGAACUUAUAACCCCUGUACCCAUUAUACAGACACCCCCACCUCCUCCGUACCCGAAGCAGGUCUUAAUUGUGAUUUUCUAUGAUGAACCUAUUAUUAUGAACUUUACACCGAAGUAGAAUAUUAAAAAAUUGUUAAACAAAAAUAAUUAAAAUUAAAUGAAUCGUGUAAAUAGAAAUCAUAAAAAUAUUAUUAUAAUAGUAUUGUUGUCUGACAGAGAGAGGGUGUAGUUCAGUCUAGAAACAUGUGAAAAUUACUAAUCAGUGUAUCUGUUGGUAACGAGAUAUAAUGAUUGUGAACGGUAGUUGUUUUAUAUACUAUUCACAGAGAUUGCCUCGGGCACAGAACAACCUCGUUCCCAAUGGUGUAAGACUACGUCGCGCCAUUUGUUGUUCUUUCCAAGAAUGCCCUGCUCGAUUAAAGGGGGGCAACCCCUGGAAAUUUGAAAUAUCAAAAUGUAUACUGGAUAUUUUAAAUAGUGCUUGAUCAAUUCUGUGCUAGAGACUACGCAGAGCGCGCUGUCAAAAAGACACAUCAAGUCGAUUUCACCAAACUUUUCCUAACUUGUGAUUAAUCUUUUGACUUAGGACGAGUUUUAACAAAAGGCGUUAGGAGUUACCCGCCCUAUCAGGAUUACUCCUAACGUUUCGUAAAAUCGGCUGCUGGCCACUUUUAUGUUUUCCCGAUCAUGUGAUACCAACUGUAUGAAGUUUAGGGUGUGAUCAUAUGAAAGCCGAAUCCGUUUGAGAUGUAAAGUGCCCUAUACACGUGCACUACAAGCGAUCGACAGUUUUUAACAAGCGGAUACGUAAAGAGCAGUCAAUUGUGGUUAGCCAAUCAGCGUCGGUUUCCAAUGCUUCCCUUCCAGGGGUCAGUGACGAUGGGUAUCGAUAAGGCGCGCUGCCCCUGAUGCGAGGUUGCGUACACGAGCAUCCACAUGCUCUCUAUUUCUCUAUAUAAAAAAGUAUCUUGUUUUUCUGCAGUGGCCAGUUACGGGACCAAAAACCAGUACAUAUUAUUACAGAACUAUAGUUGAGUACUAAAAAAUAGAAAAUUAGACAUAGAGUAGACAAGGAAGUGUUUUGGAUUAAAUUAUACAAAAAAUGUCAUAAUGGAAAACAUAAGUAAAAAAAUAAAUAAAAAUUUAUAUAUAGAUAAUAAAAUAUAAAAUAAAGGAAAAUGAGUGAAUGAUAUGUAAAUUGUGUAGAAAAGAUAUAGUUCUUGUAAACUUGUAAAAGCAAAUAAUUAGUAAUUAUAUUUCCUCAUCCGGUUCCUAACGUAUAUUAUUUGGAUAUAGAACAGUUAAACGUUUGGAAUAUCAGAUAUACUUCCGUUAUGUUAUCAGCUAAGUUCCGUAUGAGGGUAUACAUCGGCUUUACAUUUGGAAUAUCAGAUAUUCUCUGUAUAAACUCAGUCCGUACUAAGGAAUAGAUCAGUUCUACGUUUGGAAUAUCAGACAUAUAGUUCCUUAAUGUCAUCAGUUCAGUUCCGUAUAUAAGGUAUAGCACAGUUAUAUAUUUUUGGAUUUUAUCAGCCCAGUUCCGUAUUAAGGUAAAGCUCAGUUAUACCUUUGGAAUAGCCGAUAUACUUCCGUUAUGUUUUUAGCCUAUAGUUCCGUGGUAAGGCAUAGCUCAGUUCUACAUUUGGAAUAUCAGAUAUACAUGUACUUAUAUAAUCUCAGUUCUGCGUCUGCAAUUAUGUCACACUUCCGUUAUAAUAUCACAGGUAAGGUUAACAAAACAAAUUGUCACAAGUACUCUGCAUUUUAUUUUUGUCAUCUCCCAUUUUAGAGUUGUAGUAUUGUUCUUAAAACAUCUGUUGAUGUUCUUAUUUUGGAAUUCUCAACACACAUUUUCUUCUGUUUGAAGAGAACUGUUACCUCUGUUACAAUUUUUUUUACUUUACAAGUAAAUCAUUCGACACUGGUGACGGACAUUACAUUGUUGAGAGUUGGUGUAUGUAAAAUAUUUACAAUCAAUUUUUUACAAUAAUGGUGUCACUAAUUAAAAAACUGUAAUUAUAAAUACUGUCGUAAUUUAUAAAUUGUCUAAAAAAAAGUAUAUAUACAUGACUGAUUGUACUUCUCACAUUAUAAAUGAAGUUUGUAUAUAUAUCUGUCAAUGUUUAUUUAAUUUCAGAACUAGCCUUAAUUUGUUUUUAAAGGUGAUAAUGUUUGGGAGCGAACACGCCAAUCUUUUUAAAUGUGUAGACGGAAUCGAAUAAAAAAGAUCAAUAACUAAACAAGUAUGUAACAACA